GCCAAACUUUCUCCUCUGUUUUGUUCGGUGGUUCUUUUUCCUUCACUAUUGUUCAUUUAACGUGUUAUAGGACAGUCGGAAGUAUACACGUUCUUACGUCUACUACCGUUUUUAACGCGUUGUUAUGGCAACGAAUCCGCCUCCGACUCCGGUGUGUGCUGUUGAAGCUAACGACCAGCUGCCGGUGCUCCGACCUGAUUAACGUAUCACCGUUUUUUCACGCACCGAAAAUAUCACAGCUACCGUCGCAGUCAUGGCCCAUUACAGAGCCUCAGAGUCGAAGAGAGAACAGUUUAGAAGAUACCUGGAGAAAUCCGGAGUCCUUGACACUAUAACGAGCGUUUUAGUGGCACUUUAUGAAGAGAGUGACAAACCCAACAAUGCUCUGGAUUUCAUAAAGCUUCACCUGGGUGCAGCUGGUCCAGAGCCGGCCGACGUCGAGGGUCUUCGCAUGGAGCUGGCUGAUCUUCAACAGAAGUGCAACCUGCUCAUGGAGGAGAACAAGGAGCUGAGGAACAGGCUGAUGCAGUACGAGCCGUCGCCUGAGGAGGGAGCAGCAGAGUAGAGGAGGAGAGGUUUUGUUAUUGCAAGAAAUAGAAAAGAAAAAGUUAAAUAGGAUUUUUGUAGAGUAUGUAAAUAUUUAUUACAUAGUGACGGUUUUACAGUGAGCAGAAAAUCACUGUUAAUUUUUGUU